CCCCAGCCCUGCUGGCCCUCCCGCGGGCGAAGCGGCACUCGGCACCGCGCGCGCCCGGACCAGCAGCCGCGAGCCGGCACCAUGGGCUGCGACGUCCGCGUGUCAGGGCUGCUCCGCCGCAACCUGCAGCCCACGCUCACCUACUGGAGCGUCUUCUUCAGCUUCGGCCUGUGCAUCGCCUUCCUGGGGCCCACGCUGCUGGACCUGCGCUGCCAGACGCACAGCUCGCUGCCCCAGAUCUCCUGGGUCUUCUUCUCGCAGCAGCUCUGCCUCCUGCUGGGCAGCGCCCUCGGGGGCGUCUUCAAGAGAACCCUGGCCCAGUCGUUAUGGGCCCUCUUCACCUCUUCUCUGGCCAUCUCCCUGGUGUUCGCCGCCAUCCCCUUCUGCCGAGACGUGAAGGUGCUGGCCUCAGUCAUGGCGCUGGCGGGCCUGGCCAUGGGCUGCAUCGACACCGUGGCCAACAUGCAGCUGGUGAGGAUCUACCAGAAGGACUCGGCGGUCUUCCUCCAGGUUCUCCAUUUCUUUGUGGGCUUUGGUGCACUGCUGAGCCCCCUUAUCGCUGACCCCUUUCUGUCUGAGGCCAGCUGCUUGCCCACCAACAGAACAGCCAACGCCACCUCCGGUGGCCACCUGCUCCAUGCCUCCAGGGUCCUGGCCCACCACCAUACUGGGGCCCAGCGUUGGUCCAACCAGACGCUCCCUGGGCUGACCCCACAGGACGGGGCAGGGGCCCGUGUGUCCUACGCCUUCUGGAUCAUGGCCCUGAUCAAUCUCCCGGUGCCCAUGGCUGUGCUGUAUCUGCUGUCCAAAGAGCGGCUGCUGACCUGCUGCCCUCAGAGGAGGCCCCUACUCCUGUCUGCAGAUGAGCUCACCCUGGAGACGCAGCCUCCUGAGAAGGAAGACACUUCCUCGCUGCCCCCUAAGUUUCACCCAGGGCAUGAGGACCUGUUCAGCUGCUGCCAGAGGAAGAACUUCAAAGGAGUCCCUUCUUCUUUCUUCGCCAUCCACAUCACAGCCGCCCUGGUCCUGUUCAUGACCGACGGCUUGACGGGGGCAUACUCCGCCUUUGUGUACAGCUAUGCAGUAGAGAAACCGCUGUCUGUGGGACACAAGGUGGCCGGUUACCUCCCCAGCCUCUUCUGGGGCUUCAUCACUCUGGGUCGGCUCAUCUCCAUUCCCAUCUCCUCAAGAGUGAAGCCAGCUACCAUGGUUUUCGUCAAUGUGGUCGGCGUGGUGGUGACGUUCCUGGUGCUUCUUGUUUUCUCCUACAACGUCGUCUUCCUGUUCGUGGGGACAGCCAGUCUGGGCCUGUUUCUCAGCAGCACCUUUCCCAGCAUGCUGGCCUACACUGAGGACAUCCUGCAGUACAGAGGCUGUGCGACCACAGUGCUGGUAACAGGGGCAGGCGUUGGUGAGAUGGCCCUCCAGAUGCUGGUUGGUUCGAUAUUCCAGGCUCAGGGCAGCUAUAGUUUCCUGGUCUGUGGCGUGAUCUUUGGUGGCUUGGCUUUUACCUUCUAUAUCUUGCUCCUGUUUUUCCACAGGAUGCACCCUGGACUCUCAUCAGUUCCUACCCAGGACAAAGCACUUGGAAUGGAAAGCCUGGAGUGCUACCAGAGGUAAAACUAGACGAAGGAGGCUGGCGAAGACUUCUGGCCUCUUGAGCACCAGCUCAGGUCAAAGGGCUGAAGAAAGCUGGGGUGGCAGCGGAGGCAACCUCUCGACGCCUUGGUUCCGAUCUUCACUAAUACUUGGUUGGGUAGAAGAAAUUAAAUUGAGUUCUGGUACCUGGGUCCUCCCUGGGCAAAUCAUUAGAUGUUUACCUGGCUAUUCAAGUUACUCUCCUCUUCCCUGGCUCAGACUUUUGGUAAGAGCGGGCUAGGAUACCCAGCUGGGAAGGAAGAAGACAGCUAGAUGCUUCACUCCACUGGCCGCCUCCUUCAUGGACCACACCCUGGGUUUGAAGAUCACUCUUGGUUGAAGUUUGAAAAAAUAAGUUGAAAUUAUAAAGAGCGAUGAUCAUUGCUACAUGUAGAUAGACUUUAAAUUAAUCAAAACAAACCCCAAGUUAUUCCCUGGCAUGCUCAAAGUAUUUAUGUGCUUUUACUUAUUAUAGUCCAAAGGCCCUCCAACUCCUGCUGCUGCUGUCAGUAGUUCGUCUGUAAUCUAAAACAUCGAAAGGAAAAGUUGAAUCUUGCUACUUUUGGGGCACUUCAGUGGUAUGCUGGGCUAGCUCAUACCAGCUUAUAAAAGCCAAUUGUUAAGUUUUCAUUUUGAGAGCUGGUUGUUAAACCCAGCCAUUAUUUAAAAUUAAAUUAGAGAAACUUAUUACCUUUGUUUUUAAUGUAAUUUAACUAUAACUACUCAAAACUCAUCACUUCCUAACUUUUUUAUACCAUGCUCUUGAAGUUAUUUAUUGUGCCUGCAGGGUAGAAAUAUCAUAUAAAGGUAUGCUUCCGUGUAUGUCUUUCCAACUCCACUUUCAGUGAUAACAUGUUAGUGGCUUGAGAUCAGCCAUGGUGGGAGUAUUUACACCACAGAAAUUGGCAAAAGCUACAAAUCAUGGCUUUAUUGUCCCCUUGGAGAGCCAUCUGAUAAACAUUUACCAGCAUACCACUGCUAAUCAUCAAUGCUAAUUGGUCCAGAAGUUGUCUGGGAGAAUGGGAUAGAGUUUCUGCGUUUCUUACUGACAUUGAAUGGCUUAUAAAAGGUAUAGAAAGAGCAUUAAGAAUUUCUCAAAAAUAUCUAAUUUAAACUUUACAUCUUCUAUAGGGAAAAAAACUUUUUAUAUCACGUCAGAAUUUUCUUUUAACAUAAAGCCGGACGACUGACCAAUUCGAGCUGUGCAGUAUACUGAAAGCAGUGUCUGUCAAGGAGUAUCAGCUCCUGUCCAGAUAAAAUCCUGUAGUAAUACAGAGACAGAAUGCAAACUCAGCAACUUGGAGCGGGUAAGAGUGCUGAGACUUCUGUAAGUAGUGAAAUGGCUAUUACAGUGGCUGUUUGUGUGUUAGUUUACCAGCACUUUCUCUGUGUAAAUACAAAUGUACAUGUAUAAAUAUAAAAUAAGUGGAUCAUGGUUCUCAAUAACCUGUCCAAGUGGAGCAGUUCACAUGCCCCACACCAAAGGCUUAUCCUGGAACCGUCGGCAUUGUCAUGUUAGCCAGCUCCAUCUGCCAUCAACAUGGUGUCACAGUGAGAAUCUGGCUAUAGAGAGAGACCUGGUUCAAGCCCUGGCCUCACCUUGUAGCUGUGUGGCCCUGGGCAGAUCACUGAGGCUCUUCCCAGGCUUGCUUUUUUGUAUCUGUAAAGUGACAUUUCUAAAAGAACCUCACCCUACCUCAAAGGAAUUCUGAAAGAAUUAAGUGAAUUUGUGUAAAGCAGUUAUCAUAUGCCUGACAUAGAAAUUUGCUUAAUAACUGUUAGCAAUUUUUAUUUUUAAAACCUCCUCGUUAGCAGCUUAGAAACUGUUCAUAUGUUUGGUACAUAUUUAUUGUAAGUCAAACAGAUCUAAAUUCUUUUGAAAGCUGGUGGUCUAGGGGUAUAGUUUUAACUAUGUCUGUAAAUACUUAAAAGUAUUAGAUGGCAGCCAGACUUACUUGUGCAAUCUAACCAGAGUGAGUGACUGACCUGGGGAAAAAGAAAGCAGUUAUAUUUUUCUUGUGGUUUUUUUCAAGAAAACAUCCUUUUUAUACAGAUUCAGAAAGAAGAAUCAAUAGCUAUAUCUAAGGUGAUCAUGAUUAAUUUGUGAAUAUAGAAAACAAGAUUGAAACAAAUCUAAGAGUACCUUUCCUAAAAUAAAAUAUUUUAAAUUUAAUAAGCGUGUUGUCCAUUAUGAAGGACAAUUGAUCCUUUUAUAAAAGCUCAGAAACAAAUGACCAAAUGUUGCCCAAAGACAGGUUUCUCUCAUACUGUAGGUUCCCAUGGCUGAUAUUUUAGAAGAAACAAAACUCUCAGAGGGAGGACUGAGAACCACUGUUCCCUCUUACAUAUGAUCAGAAUAAGGGGAAGCAGGUAGGUUUUAUACCACACUUCAAUAUCAGUUACAGAGAAAGUAGGCUUUUUUCCUGAUCUUCUUUGAAGGGUGUUGACAUUUCAGAGUGCUGUGGAAUCACCGUGUUCCCAGAUUUCCUUCUGCCACUUGGAUGUGGGAAUCUAACCCAUCAGUAUACCAGAAUCUGGAAGUAUACCAGAUUCACAGUGACAUAAAAAGUCUUUUAGAGAAUUCAUUUAUUCAUUUAAAAAAGAUUUAUUGAUCACCUUCUAGGUUUAAAGCACUGAUCUAGGUGCAGAUACAGCAGAGAAUGGGACAGAAGUCCCUGCCUCACAAAGACAGUAAACAAGUAACAUGCCACAGGGUGAGUGAUCAUUGAGUGCGUAAAGAAAAAUAAAGCAGGGAAGGUGGAUGGGAAGAGGGAAUAUCAAGAGAUGCUCCAGUGGCCUUUCUAAAGAGGUGCCAUUUAUGCAGAAACCGAAAUGAGAGGCAGGAGCAACCAUCCAAAGACCUGAGGUAUUCCCGUCAGGCAGGGGACACAGCAAGUGCGAGGGCCUUAGACUGAAUAUGCUUAUAGCGUCUGAGGAACAGCAAGCAGGCCGGUGUGGCUAAGUGCAGUGAGGAAGCGGGAACAGUGGCAAAUAAGUUGGGGUGGUAGCUGGGGGGGUCAGAUCAUAUAAGCCAUGGUAGGAAUGUGGAUUAUUAUUAUUUUUUAGUUAGGUGAGGUUAUUGGGAGAGUUGUGGGCAGCAAAGGACAUGAUCUGAUUUACAUGUUUAAAAGUAAUACUCUGGUUGUCGUGUGAAAAAGAGAGAGACUGUGGAACAAGGAUGAAACUGGGGACACCAGAAAGGGUAUAAUUGCAGUGAACUAUGUAAGAGAUGGUGGUGGCUUGGACAAUGUUGGUAGCAUCAGUAGUCAGAGUGAUUGGGUUAAAGUAUAUUUUGAAAGUCAAACUGACAAUUUGCUGAUAAAUCAGGUGUGGGGCAUGAGAGCAAGAUGGGAAUCAAGGAUAACCCCAAAGGCAUUUGACUUGUGUUAUGGGCAUGGGAUAAGGCCAUUUAACACUGGAAGACAACGGGAGCGCUCAAGAGUUGUUUCAGGACAUGUUCAUUUUAUGAUGCUAUCUUGGAUGUCAAGAAGGCUGAUAGAUAUAAAAUCUAGAGGUUAAAAGUCAAGCCUGAAGAUACAAACUUCGUGGUCACCUACAUAUAAAGAAUGUUUAAAGCCACGGGACUGAAUGAGGUCAUCUAGGGAGUAAAUGUAGAGAGAGAUCGAAGAUUGAGCCUUGGGAUUCUGCAACACCGAGAGGUUUGAAAAGAACAGGAUCCAGCAGAGUAAAUGAGAGAAGCAACCAGAGAAGUAGGAGGAAGUUCAGGAGAGAAUGUGGUUUCCUGGAAGGCAUGUGAAGAAUAUCUUAAGAAGGAGGAAGUAAUCAGUGCUGCUACAAGGUCCCAUGUGGACUGAACAUCAGCCACUGGAUUUGGCAGUACGGAAGGUGACCUUGACUAGAGAGGGGUUUCUAUCAAAUGAUGUGUACUCAAAACAUACGAGAACCAUAAAAUCAACUCUGUUCCAGCAACCUCCUUGCCACCAAUGCUUGCCACCUAACUUGCACAGCUAUUAGAAAUUAUUGUCCCUGUUUCAUUUUUCAUUAUAUAAUGCCCUCUUCUUGGAAAUUAUUCCAAAUGAAGUCAACUUCAUGGACUCCCUUCAGUUACAGGGUGUAUUCCAGUAAUUGCAGUGCUUUGUAGUGACAAUCAAUGUGAACUCUUACAACUGUUAAUGAUUAUCUCUUACCUAAUAAUGCCAGCCCUGGAAAAUUACCCAAUAUUAGGAUAUUCGUUUUAUCAUUAGAUGCAUCUAUGAAACACAAAGUAUUGAUAAUUGCAAAAUAGACAUUAUGCCUCUCAAAAGAGGACGUGUCAGCAGUCAGAAAGGUUAGAAAAUGGUGGAUUAAACAGGUUAUUUUUACUAAAAGAUUUCUUAGAGCUUUUAAUAUUCUAAUAUGCACUUCGACUCUCCAAGAGGUGAAGACCCCAUUUCCCAAACUUAUUCGCCCUCGUGGGACUACUGUUCUAGGCAAUGCAUUUUGAGAACAUCAUUGGUUUAGGGGAAUCCAGCAGUCCUCACAAGUGGUUACCACCCACUGUGCUGAGUGAACAUUGCCCCAUCAUCUGAAGGGACAUCUCACCAGGGCUAGUGAACUGUCGUCCCCUGCGGGACAGUUAGUUUGUUACUCUUAUUUUCAUCUAGAGAUAUGAAACAGAGCUCUGAUGUGAUUUUGCCACCUAUUAACCCCACUUGCCCCCAUGUAUAUUUUAUCAGACCAGUUCUAAAAAGAAGGCCUAACUAACUAACUUCAUUUGCUGAACGAACUGAAGUCUCUAGUUUCUAAUCUCAAAAACUACGUGAAAAAACAGUGCCUAGAGCAGAAAUAAGCAAGAGCUGCUUCUUACAAAGGACUAAAACAAAAGAACCUGAUUGAUUGAUUAAAAUUUAAAUACUUUUUAAAAAUGUAAAUAAAUUUUAAAAGUAAAAUAAAAAGAUUUCACAAGGCAAAUAAUUUUUCUAGCCAGUCAGUACUCUUUUAAUUCCUUUUUAUAUCAACAGUCAUUUUACAGUUUCCCCUUUUCACUACCUAUCAUCUAUCUCAACACAGGCUUUAAAUAUUUUAAUGUAGAUACACAUCAAAUAGUUGAAGGCCAGGUUUUAAUGAUUGAUAACCUUUGGGAAAGCUGAACUUUCCUUACCCACAUUUAGCAUAGAUGGGAAUAUAAUACACAAAGACUACCUCAAUAGAUGUGAGAGGAGGGAAAUAAUUCAGAAAGUCAUUUUGUUAAAAAUAUUUAUUUAAAAAAAUACAAUUGUCCAUAUCAAGUUGCACAUACAUCUAUUAACAUAUCUAUAUAAUUUUGGACUUCAGUAAAUUUGAUACAGUGCUUUCUUAAAGCCAGCUUGCCAUUAUACAAAGCAGAUUCCUCUGACAGUUCUUAUAUAAAAUAGUUUUUAAAAACGUAUCAUCUUUCUAAAAAGAUGCAUAUCAUCAUUACAGAAUUUAACAAUAUUUUUGCAUAAAACUUGAAGCCAUAGAAAAAAAAGAUCACCUGAUUGGUUAUUCAGAGCAACCCCUUACUAUGUCUGGAGGUGCACUGAGUAUCAACUACACUUUUCCCUCCUAAAAGCAGCAUAUUAUAAAGCCCUCAAAGUGCCAGCGCAUAUUCUUCCUCACCAACCUAAACUCUGUAAAGUUUUUUUGCCACACACAUGUAGAGCUGAAGGCUCUGGCUACAGCCAUACUAACUACUCUAAAACAACAUCCCUUAGUUUCCCAACACGUUAAGUCAGACUGCUUAGCUAGAAAAUGUGGCAGUUUCUCUCCAGCUGCAUCAACGAUUAAUGUGAUUUUAAUAAAUGUUAGCAGUUACCAUCAUUUGAAUUGCUUUUUUAGGAAAAAGAAAAGAAAGUGAUUUUAAUACUUCGAAGGUCUCCCACAUGUAAAUUACACUGAGAUUAAUCAAGACAAGUUAUUAAUGACAAUUUAACAGUAAUGCAGUCUUUUGGGUAGGUGUGCACUGGCAUUAUAUGUAAGUAUUCUGUUUAUACAAAAGUAGUGGAUACUAGAUAUUAUGAGAGAUAAAUUUCAAUAAAAUAAACAAGGGGAAAAAUAAACAAUGAAGUAACUGUCUUCUCAGCUGAAUGAAUCGGAGUUUAAGAAAAGCACCCUGACAAGUUCUUAUUACAGAGGCCAAACUAAGACGCUGAGGUAAAAGAAUACAUCUCUCUGUGUUAACACCACAGCAGACACAUGCUCUUUUUCUGACAUAGAUGGGGUGGACGAAAAUCAAAAGUUUAACAGUAUUUAAUUUUCAAGUGAUGUCCAUACUUGAAGAUCCAGUAGGGCUCACAGAAAACUAUUAGUUUGUUCUUCAAAGGACAAAAUUGUACACUUUUUUUUAAAGCCAACUUGAUUAUCUAGUGAAAAGGGCAGAAUUCUAAAAAACUAAGUCAAAAAUUUUAUUUGCCUCAAACCAAAGCCAACCAGUAGCAAAAUGACUGGACUGAGUUUCAUAUUUAAUCUUCCCUACCCACAAAGAUAAAUGAAACUGCUAGAAGGUAAAAGUGAAGAAAUACAUAUGAUUGUCACUAGAAAAGGUCAAAUGGCCAAACCAAAUAAAUAGGCCUCAAGUAAUCAAAAAUUAAUUGCAUUCAUUUCUAUCUUUACAUAUAUGCAUCUUAGUUCAUUUCACUAAUACUGAACAGGGAAGUUCAUACAAUAUGCUACUUUAUCACAUAAGCAAUGAAUGUAAUGUACACUUAAAGGCCCUUGGUAAUACUGCCAUCAAAAACAAAAAGUAUGAAAUGUCUUAGGAGGGACUGUGUCCCCUACCUGACAGACAAUAAGCAACAAUGAUUAAACAGAAAAGAAACUUAAAGUUGGCGAAUUCACAAAGUUGAGUAUAAUCCACCAACUGCAAACCAUUAAAAGUCAUACAUUUCUACAAAGCAGAAUAUUAAAAGCUUGUAAAUUAUUUUAAAGCAUCCUAGCCAAAACAGCAUACCUUACAGAGCCUAGAAUGGCUCAUUGGGUAAUCCAUUUAUCCCUUCUCCAAACAGUCUUAAGUUCCAGAAAACAUAAGCAAGCAGUAAACCUUAACUUCCCUGACCCUCAAUAUCCUCAAGAUGAAAUUAAACAAAAUAAUCAUUAAGUGCUUCCAGUUAUUAAAAACAGAACAGUGCUAAUAAUGGUGUCCCAAAAAGUGCCAAGUGAUUUCAUACCAGUAUAUGGUAUUCCCACCCCUGAACUCUAGGCAAGCUUGAAUGAUGGACUGGCUAGAACUCAGGCCCAGCCACAGGGCACCUCCCCACCCCCAACCCGUCCAGAAGAUCCCAGGCCUGUCCUCGCAGGGCUCAUAAUCCUUGGAGGGGACAAGAACAAGAACGGGCCCUUAUGAGAUGGGAAACAAGGCAAAGUUGAGAAGACCAUUCAGCCCAAGAUACUCUGAGUUUUCUGCUAAUGCUUUUUAUGUACAGUUCAAAAGGAUGAAUAGGCUACAAUGCCAGAAUUCCUCCACCACUAUAUCAAUCAUGGUUAAAUCUGUAUUUUAGAAAUACUACGUCUAGUAUAAACCUCCUCUCUGAGAAACUUAGAACCCAACGUAACAAGGAUUUAACACAAAAAUGUAGAAAUUUUUAGAAAGAACAUUCUUACUUGCUCAAUAAUACAUGAACAUAAGAAAACAGUUUAAGAUGACUUUGCUUAGAGUAUGUCACAUGUAGCACUGUACAGUAUUUCUAAAGAGUAGACAAGCAAUUAGUCUUUAAGGCCUAUGAUUCUAUGCAUUUAAAAAAACUGAAAUGUGCAAGGCAUUAAUUUUUAAAAAGUGACAACUGCAAAGUGCAGCCAAUUUUUGUGUUUAAGUUUUAGUAUAAAAUAGCCUAGGAACCAUCCUAGACUAGGAUGACCAUAUGUUCCCUCUGAAAAAUAGAUUUAUUUAUACACAUACACACAAAGAUAUACUCAGUCAAUACAUCAGUAUACAUACACACACAUAUAUGCACUCAGCCAAUCACAAUGACUUGGAAAGAAGUGCUCUAGUUUCCAAAAAUAUUUUAAAAUAAAAACUUAAGCCUCAUAAAACUUCUUGAUGUAUAUUAUACUCAAAAGAUUAGAGUUCAAGAGACUUACUAUGUUUGAUUGUAUCCCUCAUAAAUUUUCUUGUUAAAGGUUUCAUUUAAAACGUUAACAACAGCCUGAAUUUCCUGGUUUCUAUAGAAAGCUUAGAGCCAACCUUUCCCCUCUUACACAAACCACUCUGAUUUCCAUUUUCAGAACAGCUAAGUGUGGAUGGCAGCACCCUAGAAAUUGCUAUUUUCUGGCAGGCUGUCAAUCUAUCACAAUUUUUUCUUUUUUCAGAAAAGUAGCUUAAAGAAACUGGCAGCUUCAAAUGGAACAUUUAUACUACA